AUGACCAACCUUCAAGAUCGCGGCACGGUGCUCGUGUACUGGAUGGUCCGGGUUACCGAGCUCCUCGAAUACCGCAUCCACUUGGUUUCAAUACGGGCGGUGAAUCACGAUGUGGAGAACAUGCCAGCGGCGGCCAUGGUCAAAGAAGACGAUAACGUCGCGUGGCACACCCUUCGAGUGGUCCCAGUCCUAGUCGAACCCACCAGAGGGUUGUGCGACGACCUGAAAGUGGAUUUACUUGUAGCUGCUGCCAAGGAUUUUCGCCGCCUCCGCGAUAUAACAGCCUUGGAGAGGCCCUGGAACUACGGGGAUACCUGGAGAUUGAGGCUGGCAACAGCGGCGAAGAUGUGCAAGUGCGAGCGGCUCGAGCUCGAAGUGGAGUUGACUGUGGAGGUGGUAAAGGAAGCGCUCGUAAUCGAGACGCGCAGCCGGAAGGCGCUCGAAGAAAUAUUUCUGCGGUCGGCAAUCGUUGCCGAAACAGCCUGUUUUAAGCGCGCUCAAUCGGAUGACAAGUUGUUGGCGGCCGAAGGUGCUCGGCAGGUCGAGGAAGCCAAAGCCAUACUUGAAAAUCUCAGCUGUCGGGGCACCCUUCUAAUCCGGCGGCCGCCACUCAGCUAUCUCAGACCAUCAAAGACAAGCCUCGCAGAUCCAAAGAGACUUGUCUGCCUAGUAUUCGGGAUGUCGGUAUAUGUCGGUGGACGGCGGGCGGGCUCAAUCGAGGACAUAAGGCUUGUUGAGGGGUCUGGCAUCUCGGCAUUACUGAAGAAGACGAAACUCUCGGAGGGAAAGAGGGACCCGUUUUUGGAUCCCAAGAACCCCGGUUCCUGA